AUGGGCUCUACUACAGUCGCCUUCGAGCGGCUGCGUUCAGUCGGUAAACACCCUCUACGCUUCUACAUGAACGUUGCCAUCACAGCAAAUUACACCAUUCCAGAGACCUUUACUCUCUCGCUUAAGGAAUACAUAUACAAGGCUAUUGAAACCUUGAUCAAUCAACAUCCGAUCCUCUCCGCAAUCCCAAUAGGAGAAGACACAGACAAGCCUUACUUUGCGCGACUUCCUGAGAUCGAUCUAGCUCAGCCGAUUUCUUUCCAGAAGAGAGUCAAGGGUCUGACGCUGGACAAGCAUGACAGCGAAUUACAAACUUUGCUUCAGACGCAGCACGAUACCGGGUUCGCGGCGCCGUUGCCCUACUGGCGGCUCAUAGUACUGACUGAUGGCGAAUCGGAAAGACGCUUUACUGCGGUAUUCGUGUAUCACCAUGGCCUCGGCGACGUACUUCUGGACUCAAGUCUCUGGUCUGGAGGACCAUUUCAGCUACCGCUGAGCACUCAAGUACGAUUUCUUGUCCUAUCAGCCGCUCAGACCCUGGCACUUGUUAAAGUUUGCCGCGAGCACAGCACGACAGUCACCUGCACCGUCGAGACAGCAAUCGCGCGCUCGAUAUUUCCUCAUAUACCUGGAAAGUACACACGUGUCGUGGGUAGCAUACCGAUCACCCAGCGCCCGUGGCUUCCGGACACAAUCACAGAUGAAUCAAUGGGCGUCUACGUGCAGGAAAUGCCUGAAACAUUCGCGCGCGAGACAGUAACCCAAGAUACCUUUCCAUGGGACGAAGCACAGCGGGCGCGGCGAACAAUCACAAAAGAACUUGCUUUGGAGAGCAAAAAUACGACUGUUGGGCUCUUCAAAUAUGUCAAAGACUACCGCAAGGAUCUGUGCGAAUCAAAGAUUGGCAAACCAAGACCGGUGACGUUUGAGUUGUCAAGUCUUGGUGUUAUAAAGACGGAGGAUUGUGAGGAUACUUCUAUCCCGCAGAUGGGUGGGGUCAUCUUCACACAGAGCGCAAGUGUCAUUGGUGCUGCUAUGGAGUUCUCCCUUGUCACUGGUGCAGAUGGAUGUUUGGCGCUAGGAAUCUCGUGGCAACCCGGCGUGGUGGAGGAAGAUACAGUGCAGGUUGUGCUUGAUACGCUCGAGAAGGAACUACACCAUCUUUCGGGGUGA